CAAAUAAAAGAAUCAUUGGAAACACUGGCCCAGGAGACAGAAAAACGUUUAAAAGAUGUAAAGGAGCGAUAUAAAUUGUUGAAGGAACGUUGCCAAGCUUUGGUUGAAGCACAGCACUUGAAAUGUCUGGAAUACUUGCCUCAGAAAGUUCCAUGUUCAUGUCAAGAGUUAGACAUUCUAUGUGACCUGCAAGCAACUAAAAACGCCCUAGGGCGCGUCAAUAAAGACCCGGAGCUCAGUGGUGCAGACAAGAAAGGAUUGAAUCGACUUCAAAACGAGACGGCCGAGGAGUUGCAAACCGAAGAACAAACAAUUGCAAACUUGCAGAACAAAAUUGAAGAACUACAAGAAUAUAAGAAAAUAAUGGAAGAAAAGCUGGCAUGCUAUAAGAAAAAGAUCUCUGCUCUUCUGACGGAAGUCGGUGUGCUACGUAGUUUUAACGGUUAUAAAUCCAGCGAUCACGAUACUCCCCAAGAAGAACUGGAAAGCCAAGUUUUCGAUCUAUGCUUGCAAGUGGAGCAGCUGCAGCGCGAGCGUGAGGCGCUGGCGUCGGAAGCGAUGACGCGCACGCUGCUAUUGGAGCGGCACGAACGCUGCGCGGAACUGUUCGCACGCGUCACGCGCGCGAAACGCGAGCUCGCCGCGCAACUCGCUGAUACCGUGGAUACAUCCGUGCCAUACGAAGUGGGUAAUAGGAAGAUUUCGAAAUCGAUCUCAAAUACUUACCUGAGUAGCGCGAACACCUGGUCCGCGCUUCGCGUCGAGCGCGCCCGCGUGCUGCGUCUCGAGGGCAUAGUGCACGCGCAAGCGCAGCAACUAGAGCGCGAGAGCCUCGUGCGCAUCAAGCAGGACCACCGGCGCGCGCAACUCGAGCGGGAACUCCUACGAACCUGGGCCACCGGCUCCCAAUCCCAAAGCAAAAACACCUCCUUAUCUGCCAUACCGAAGGACUCGAAGGAGUAA